AGAGUGGAGCAGCUGACCAAUCAGUGUGAAGACGUCAUCGAGCUGCUGCACAAAACCAUCAACAUCCUGCAGAGCGCACCGCUACCAGCUGCAGCCCAGGAUGCCGAGCUGCUGCUGUCCAGGUACCAGGGGGUAAUGCGCAGCAUCCUCGAGGACAGCCGAUUGGUGCAGCUGCAGCAGGAGGGCGGGGCCUCACUGUCGUGGCUGCGCAGGGAAGAGAGCGGCGCGGGCGUGACGGCAGAUCAGCGGGCGGCGGUGGAGAAGGUGGCGUCUCUGUACGACGAGGUGGACGAGCUGCUGCACCGACUGGUAACUCUGUCCAACGCCAAGACGCAGCAGCUCAACUUCAUCGUGGACUUCAGCGGCCUGGAAGCGGGCUUCAGCGAG